UGUUAGUUCCACCAGACAAACACAACGCGGUAUACACAGCCACUGGGAUCUUUGCUCUUUCUCACACACACACACACAUAUCGGACACACACACACUCUUUGGGAAGAGUUGUUCUUGCAGACCGCAGCAGAGAGACAGGUUGAAGAAGAACAGUGAUUAAGAGGAGGAUAGAUUUUUGAAGAAGAGAGUGGAGUGGACUGGGUCUUCUCUUCACUGUCAACAUACGUUGUAAAUGUACACGAGUCCGAGGCAUUCUGAUUGAGGAGAGAGGCGGGUCUUAUCUGCGUCUGGGGGGGAGGACCUUCGUGUCAGAUAACCAAUCAUGGAGAGGACGAGGACGAGGGCGGGUGCAGCAGUCUUCCUGAUGCUGAUCUUGGGUCACCUAGGCAAUGCUCUGGAGGUCCCACUAGACCCAAAAGUUCUGGAAGAAUUGGCGCAGCCGCCAACCAUAACUCAACAGUCCCCCAAGGAUUACAUCAUCGACCCUCGGGAGAACAUCGUCAUCCACUGUGAGGCCAAAGGGAAGCCACAUCCCAGCUUCUCGUGGACCAGGAACGGGACCCACUUUGACAUUGACCAGGAUCCCAAGGUGACGAUGCGACCACGGUCUGGUACCUUGGUGGUGGACAUCAGUGGGGAGAAGGCCGAGACGUACGAGGGGGUCUACCAAUGUACAGCCAGAAACAAACACGGAGCCGCAGUAUCCAACAAUAUUGUCAUCAGACAGUCCAGGUCCCCCUUGUGGUCAAAGGAGAGGAACGAGCCAAUCAGAGUUCAGGAGGGCGAGGCUCUAGUACUACAUUGCCGGCCCCCUGCUGGCCUGCCCCCUCCUAUCAUCUUCUGGAUGGACGUCAACUUCCAGAGACUGCCUCAGAGCAGCCGUGUGUUCCAGGCGUUGAACGGAGACUUGUACUUCUCCAACGUUCUGAAGGAGGACUCGAGGAACGACUACAUCUGUUACGCCUGUUUCCCUCACACUCAGACCAUCCAGCAGAAACAACCCAUCACCCUCUUAGUGCUCAACCUGGAUGCAGUCAAUGAGACUGUUGCUGCUUUAUUCAAUGAAACUGAUUUUUUUAGUGACGGCUCCGUGGAGGAGAGGAAACCCACGUUCCUCAUCCCUUCUGGCUCCAGCAGCUCCAAGAUGGUGCUGAGAGGACAGGUCCUGGAGUUGGAGUGCAUCACUGAGGGACUUCCCACUCCAGAGGUCUCUUGGAGUAAGCUGAGCGGGGAGUUCCCUGACAAGCGUACCUCCAUCGUGACCUUCCAGAAGAUACUGCGUAUCGUGAACGUGUCCGAUGCCGACGCUGGCGAGUACCGCUGCACUGCCCACAACCGCUUGGCCUCCAUACACCACACCAUCCGUGUCACCGUCAAAGCGGCACCGUACUGGAUCACUACCCCCAGGAACCUGGUGCUGGCCCCUAGAGAGAAGGGUCAAUUGAUCUGUAGGGCCAGUGGUACUCCCAAACCCACCAUCAACUGGGCCAUGAAUGGCAUCCCCAUAGAGAAUUCACCUGAGGACUCCAAUAGGAAGGUGGAGGGCGACACCAUCAUCUUCGAGGAAGUCCAAACUGGAUCCAGUGCAGUCUACCAGUGCAACGCAUCCAAUGAAUAUGGAUAUCUGCUGUCCAAUGCCUUCGUCAACGUUCUCUCUGAAACACCCAGAGUAUUGACUCCAGCUAACCAGGUCUACCAGGUGAUCCGAAACAACCACGCCUUGCUGGACUGUUCCUCCUUCGGCUCGCCCAUCCCCAAAAUCACAUGGUUUAAGGACAGCCAGUCCAGCACCCUGGAAGGGGACCCCUACUUGCUGCAUGAAAACGGGACUCUGGAGAUAUAUGUGGCCCAGGCCCUCAACAGUGGGAAGUAUAUCUGUGUGGCCAGGAACACUCUGGGCAUCGCUGAGAACCAUGUCUAUCUGGAGGUCAAAGAGCCAACUCGUAUCCUGAAGCAGCCGAAAUACAAGGUGGCCCAGAGAAACAUGAACGUGGUGUUUGAGUGUAAAGUAAAACACGAUCCCACUCUCAUCCCCAUCAUGAUCUGGCUGAAAGACAACGGAGAGCUGCCCGACGACGAGAGAUUUCUGGUGGACUCUGACAGCUUGACCAUAACAGAUGUGACAGAGAACGACGCGGGAACGUACACCUGCAUAAUGAAUACUACUCUGGACCAUGACUCUGCCAGUGCUGAGCUCACUGUCGUCGAGGCAGCUCCUACUCCAGCUGUCAUCUAUGAACAACCAGACCCUCCUACUGACCUGGAGUUGACCGACAUGAAACCCAGGAGUGUCCAGCUCACCUGGAUACCUGGAGACGAACACAAAAGCCCUAUUCACAAAUUUGUGAUCCAGUACACAGACUCUCUCCACGAUCAUGGCCACUGGCACAACCUGACGCAUGUCCCGGGCGGAAAGACCACGGCCCACCUCGAACUGUCCCCUUACGUUCACUACUCCUUCAGAGUCCUGGCCCUGAACGCUGUGGGUCUCUCGGAUCCCUCCAACCCCUCCCACAUGUACAAGACCAAUCCUGCAGCUCCAGAUGAGAACCCCAGCGGAGUUAAAGGUUUUGGAACUGAACAUGACAAUCUUAUGAUAUUGUGGAAGCCACUGUCAGUCCUCCAGGCUAAUGGUCCAGGCCUGCAGUACAAGGUGAUGUGGAGACAGAAGGAUUUGGACAAGAACUGGACGUCAGUGACCGUGGCCAACGUCUCCAAGUUCAUGGUCUCUGGGACUCCCACCUUCACACCAUACGAGGUUAAGGUUCAAGCCAUUAACAACAACGGGAUUGGCCCUGAUCCAGCUGUGGUCAUUGGACACUCCGGAGAGGACUUGCCGGUGCAGGCUCCAGACAGUGUCCAGGUCCUAGUGUUGAACAGCACCCUGGCUGAGGUGCACUGGGAGCCUGUCCCACUGAAGACAGUACGGGGACACCUCAAGGGAUACAAGGUGUAUUACUGGCGUGAGAGGAGCCUCCACAAACACAACCCCCACCGUGUGGAGCAGCAGCUUCUGUCCUUCAGUGGGAACAAGAGUCAUGGCAUGCUCCCAGGCCUGCAGCCCUACAGCCUCUACCUGUUCAACGUCAGGGUUUACAAUGGCAAGGGGGAGGGCCCCGCCAGCUCCAACCUGCAGUUUGAGACCCCCGAAGGAGUUCCUGGGCCGCCAUCUUUCCUGAGGAUCACCAACUCUAACCUGAACAAUUUGACUCUGGAAUGGGGUCCUCCCAACGACUGCAACGGGCACCUCACCGGCUACAUCCUCAAAUACCAGCAAGUCAACAACUCCAACGAGCUGGGUCCGAUUGAAGAGCUGGUCCUGCCGGCCAACAAGACCUCCGUCACGCUCCCCAACCUGAAGUACAGCACACGCUACAAGUUUUAUUUCAAUGCCAAAACAGGCCAGGGUGCCGGGCCCGUCAUUACAGAGGAAGCCGUCACUAUUAUGGACGAAGUCCUAAUGUAUCAGCCUUCAGUAGACGAGGUUGGAGGAGGGAACACCCGAACCCAAACCUCACCUCCCAUAGCAGGGUCUCCUCCACGCCACCCAUUCCACAAGGUGCAUCCAGCGGCUCCGGCAUUCGGGAACAUUAGCUCCUCCGUGGGAGAGGACGGAAUGCUUAUCAGUUGGGAGUACUGGGGAGCAGAAAAACAUGUUUAUGUAGAAUAUAUCAUUAAGAACGACAACACUCUCGGUGAAGAGGAUUGGCAGAAAGAGUAUGUAAAUGGAUCUCAGGCCUAUGUGCUGAAGGGCUUAAAGGAGGGCCUGUCCUAUAGGGUACGUGUGGUUGCCAAGGGUCACGACGACCAAGCGGUGCUCCACCAAUCAGAAGAGCUUUUGGUGACCGUUCCAGCUAUGCCAUCCAGACAGGCUGACAUCGCUACUCAGGGCUGGUUCAUCGGCCUGAUGUGUGCCAUCGCUCUCCUCAUCCUCGUCCUCCUCAUCAUCUGCUUCAUUAAGAGGAAUAAGGGAGGCAAAUACCCAGUGAAAGAAAAAGAGGACGCUCACACAGACCCAGAGUUCCAGCCCAUGAAAGAGGAUGACUGUACUUUUGGGGAAUACAGUGACACUGAGGACCAUAAGCCGUUAAAAGGGAGCCGCACACCUUCUAACGGGACGGUGCACAGGGACAGCAGUGACGAAAGUUUAGUUGACUAUGGAGGUGGAGAUGGACAGUUCAACGAGGAUGGGUCUUUUAUUGGGCAGUACAGUGGAAAGAGCUCCAUCAGGGAAACUGCUGAGGCCCACUCCCCGGUUAACACAACCACUAUGAACUCCUUUGUGUAGCCAGUCAACUGGUCAGCCAGGCCACUAGGUGGCGCUACAGUAUAUGCAACUUUUUUGUGUAGCCAGGCCACUAGGCAGUGUUGCGGAUUCUUAUAUAUUCUUUGCGUAGCUAAUUAGAUGUUUAUCCUCCCAGCCAAUAGGAGACAACUGUUCCAUCCCCCCAUAUCACAGGGCAAUCACAUCAUUGUGUGGCUUAUCAUCAUCAUCAUCAUCAUUACAUGCCCCACCCAUCUGCACCCAGAACCACCAAUGAGAACCACCCUGCUGUCACAGACACAUAAGAUACACAUUGGAGAUACUAGAUACUCCUGGAGGACUACGAUUCUUAUACAGUGCAUGGAAAUCCUGAGAUGAUGUACAUACAUAUAUUAACAUAUUGAGAUGAACACUAAUUAGUAUAUUACACGGAAGACAUUGUCUAUCUUGGACUACUAUGCGGUUCACAUUUGUAUCAUUUACCAUAUUGUUUUUACAGUCAAAGCGUUAUCUUGAUAUUAUUGUGUAUGUUAGAGGUGCUUUUUGUCCCUCAGGGCCACCAUAAAGAGGCAUCAAUGUUUUGGUGGACCUAGUGGUGAAAUGAGUUACUAAAUGUAUGGCUAUUAUUCUAUGUAUUUUUGCAAGACGGGCAGUUUGUACAGUUUAUACAGUUGUUGUUGCAGAAAGGUUUAAUUAACAGUCACAUAAUGAAAGGUUGAAUUUACAGUAACAAAGGUAAAGGUUGAAUUUACAGUAACAAAGGUAAAGGUUGAAUUUACAGUAACAAAGGUAAAGGUUGAAUUUACAGUAUCAAAGUUAAAGGUUGAAUUUACAGUAACAGGUAUAGGUUGAAUUUACAGUAACAAAGGUAAAGGUUGAAUUUACAGUAGCAAAGGUAAAGGUUGAAUUUACAGUGCAGGAUUUUGUACAGUAUGUAUAUGCAGACAGAGAGCUCCUAAAUGCAGUAUUCUUUUGCUGCGAAUGCUGAUGCUAUACACGCCCUCAUGAUGUCAUCCACAUGACCUUUGACCUGCGUGUGACCUAAUUUCCUGUGGUUGCAACUCACAUGAUCUCCCCUGAUGGUGACCUUAUGCCUCUUCUUGUCAGAUGGUGACCUUAUGGCUCUUCUUGUGGUGCGUGUGUCCGUGUGCACGUGUGUGUGUGUGCUGUUGUUGAGGGGAUAUUAGUCAUGCUAGGAAAGAGGUGCUCACUCGUAUGAAGUACAUUUGAGGUGACAAGGGUUAGCGAACUAUUUCCUUUUCUUAACUUGCAUCAAGUUUUACGUUGUUGUUGUUUUUUUUUUUACAGAAAUGUUGAUUAUUUGUUGAAUUUGUAAAUAUAUAAUUUUGAAUGUACAGAGAAACACAGCUAGAAGAGCUUAAAGGGAUAAAGGGAUGGUUCACCUAAAUUACAAAAUUCAAUGACAACCUGAAAGGAAGAACUGCAUGAAAUAGUUUGAGAGAGCUGUGUUCAAUAUAGGCUACUAUAUAUAUAUAUAUAUAUAUGUAUUUUUUUGUUUUAUUUCUUUUUUCUUAGCUGUGAACAUUGUACUUUAUUGUAACUAACAGGACAAAAUGUUGCCCAUGAGUUCAAAUUGGAUCUUUUUUUCACUUGUCAGCAAUAUAGUUGUGUGUUUCUGAAAUGUCACUUCUCUGUAUUAAAUGAAACCAUACAGUACUCAGUAAACAUUGAGAUUUAAUGUACUUUGGAGUGUUAGAUAAGUACUAUAAUGUACUAUAACAUUGUGGUAUUCUGCUUCAAGUGGGUUAUUCAGCACAAAGUCUACCAAACUCAUCCACUCUGUGACAGUAUUGCAAAAUGCUUGUAUUCUUAUUCAAAAACCGUUUCAAGGUUUUUACUAACAAUUUAUGUCUCUUUUCAUUUAUAUUUAAGUUUCUCCACUUAGUGCAAGAAUGAAGUGGAAAUAUAAUGAAUGAAUAAAAUAUAUUGAUCUGC